AUGCGUCUCUUUGCACUUCCUCUAGUAAUUAGUGUGCUAGCCGGCUUAAACCCCUCAUCUGCAGAGAAACUAGACGGGGAUUCCACAACCAUCAUCUAUGGUUCCAAUAGUACCAUCACGCUGAAAGGCAACUCAAUCACGUCUGAAGUAAUCCUCGAUUAUGGCGCCAAUGUUGAAGGCUUUCCAACAUUCGAGGUCAUUAGUGCUAGCGGCGACACAUCAGGACUCCAGGUUACGUAUAGCGAAUCUCUUCCUGUCUUACUGAAUUCUCCUACUAGCGAUGGCCCGCUUGGACUGGCCGCCGCUAUGGAUACCUAUCGAAUCAACAGCUACAACAUCACCGGGUGA